GGUGACAGACAGGUGUGCCUCCGCCGAGGAGAAGAGGUGAUUUUAAAAAUGCUUAAAUGUUGUCAACGAACCUUUUAUAGGAACUAAAUGAAAUCCAGACUUCCUUUGACUUUUUCUGGGUCAUUUAUGUUUUCCCGUGAGAGUCCAAACGAACCGCGGAACAGAACCGAACCUCCGGCAGAGAGUUAAAUCUUUAUUUUUGAACUAUCCGACUUGAAGCUGACAUGGAGGCUGCAGAGGGUCAGCGGGGGCGAGACGGAGGCAGCCAGAGACGAUCCCCCUUCGACGUCAUCAUGAGUCAGAUCCGCAGGAAGCGCUCAGCAUCAGACAGGAAGCCACUGGGCCGCUUCCUGUCGCGAACCUCAGAGCGGACGGCGAUCCCUGAGGACGCAGAGUCCGAGAACAGAGGACAGAGUCCAGGCGCUGCGGCGCCGGUGGAGAGCCUGCGUGAUGCCGGCUGGGGAAGAGUGUGUGUUUUCCUGCAGAAGAUGGGGAAGAAAGCGGACAGCAGCAGUCUGAGUCUGGCUCACUGCGAUCUGACGGCUACAGACCUGCUGGAGCUCGCAUCGCUGCUCCAGUUCCUCCCUCAGCUGGAGGAGAUGGACGUCUCUUGGAACGAGCUGAUUGGUGGCAGUCUGACAGCGUUGACCUCUCACCUCCAACAUGUGGGUGGGAUCAGGACGCUGAAGCUCUGCAGCUGCAGGCUGAACGCGGACGAUGUCGCCGCUCUGGGUGAAGCCCUCCCUUCUCUUCCUGGGUUGGAGAUCCUCGAUCUGUCCUGGAACAGCAGCGUUGGCGGCGCUUUGCAAAGCCUGCUGGGUAAACUUCAGCCAUCAGUGAGGGAGCUCCACCUGGUGGCCUGUGAGCUCACUGCAGCGGACGCUGCUGCUCUGGGAGGCCUGGUGGCCGUUCUGCCUAAACUCUGUGUGUUGGACGUUUCCUGUAACCCUCGGCUCACACAGGAAGUGGACGCUGGCGGCUUCGGGCAGCUGGCCGCCUCCCUGUCCCACGCCGUCUCCCUGACCGUGCUGCGGCUGCAGGCCUGCGGGUUGAGACCCGACAACCUUGAGGCUCUCGGUGCUUCCCUGCGCUGCCUGCCCUCGGUGCGCCACCUGGACCUGUCCUGUAACAGAAGUCUAACUGGAGGACUGAGUCGACUCUCCUCUCACCUGCCUCACAUGGCUCACCUGGAGAGCCUGGACCUCCACCUGUGCCGCCUCAAACGCGCCGACCUGGAGGUUCUGAUCCAGGUGCUGCCUUCCCUGACGGCGCUGACGGCGCUCGACGUUUCGUCCAAUAAGGAGGCGGGAGGCGCGGUCCACCAGCUGGUGUCGGUGCUGCCGCUGACUCAGAUGAGGAGGCUGCCGAUGAGCAGCUGCAGGCUGACGGAGGAGUCCUUCACCGCCCUGGCUCUGGUGGCGCCGUACCUGCGCAGCCUGGAUGUUUCCUGGUGUAAGGUGGUGGGCGGUCGCCUGCCGCUGCUGAUGGACGCGCUGCAGCCGUCCGUGGUCCUGGAGCUCCGCCUCAGCAGCUGCGGCCUCACCACCGACGACCUGGGUCACCUAGCUGACGUGUGCAGACGCGGCUGCGUGUCCUCCCUCCGGGUCCUGGACUUGUCCUACAACGACUCGGUCGGGGACGCCGGCUGGGCGGCGCUGUUUGCGGCGGGCGGCCUGGGCUCGCUGGAGGAGGCCGACCUCAGCCUCCGACCUUUGACCUCGGCUCCCUGCUCGGCCUGGCUGCCCUCGCUGCUCGGGGCUCUGCCUCGGAUGCCGGCGCUGGUCCGGCUGGCCAUGCAGCGCUGGAGCGCCGGGCCGCAGGAGGAGCAGCAGCUGCGGUUCAGCAUGAAGAACCGGAACAUCCGGCUGGACUGGGAUCCGGACGGUUCGGACUGGAAGACCAGCAGCCAGGAGGAUAGUCAGGCUGAGGAGUAGGGAGGAGAUCAAGGGUCACUUGGAUUUCAACAGAUCAGAAACAAACAAUGAAAUUUCUCCCAUACCUGAUUCCUGAGGUCCAAACAUUUCAGUUUCUGACUGUUGGAGGCUUAAAAUCCACAAUUAUUCUCACAUGUUGCACAAGACAAUAAAUUCACAAUUAUUUAA